UGAGCAUAAUAUCCCAACACUCUGUUUGAAUUGCAUUCAUUCGCAAACAACACCUUUUUCUAUCGCGUCGUUUUCCUCUCUUCCUCUCUUUUCCCACAUCACCACACACACAACCGCCCAUCAUGGCCAACCGAGCAGUUUCAACGUCUCGAACUGAGCUUCUGAAUAAGUAUCUCAAGCUCGACCAGCAGGGCAAGAUCAUGGCCGAGUACGUCUGGAUCGACUCGACCGGCGGCACUCGAUCAAAGUCAAGGACGCUCCCCGAGCUCAAGGACAAGAAGUACGAAGUCGCCGACCUGCCCGUCUGGAACUUCGACGGCUCCUCCACCGACCAGGCCCUCGGCCACGACUCAGACGUCUACCUGCGCCCCUGCGCCGUCUUCAACGACCCCUUCCGCGGCUCGCCCAACAUCAUCGUGCUCGCCGAGUGCUGGAACCCCGACGGCACCCCCAACAAGUACAACUUCCGCCAUGAGUGCGCCAAGGUCAUGGAGGCCCACGCCGAGCACGAGCCCUGGUUCGGUCUCGAGCAGGAGUACACCUUCCUCGACUCUGACGACAGACCCUAUGGCUGGCCCGUUGGUGGUUUCCCUGCUCCUCAGGGUCCCUACUACUGCGGUGUAGGCGCCGGCAAGGUCGUCCUCCGUGACGUUGUCGAGGCCCACUACAAGGCCUGUCUCUAUGCCGGCAUUAACAUUUCUGGCACCAACGCCGAGGUCCUUCCCGCCCAGUGGGAGUUCCAGGUCGGCCCCUGCACCGGUAUCGAGAUGGGCGACCAGCUCUGGAUUGCUCGCUUCUUCCUCAGCCGCAUCGCCGAGGAGUUCGGCGCCAAGGUCUCCCUGCACCCCAAGCCCAUCAAGGGCCCUUGGAACGGCAGCGGCCUGCACUCCAACUUCUCCACCAAGGAGAUGCGCGCCGAGGGCGGCAUGAAGUACAUCGAGGAGGCCCUCAAGGCCCUCGAGCCUCACCACGCCGAGUGCCUUGAGGAGUACGGCGAGGACAACGACCAGCGCCUCACUGGCGACUGCGAGACCGGCUCCAUGGACAAGUUCAGCUGGGGCGUUGCCAACCGUGGCACCUCCAUCCGUAUCCCCCGAGAGACCGCCGCUCGUGGCUGCGGCUACUUUGAGGAUCGCCGCCCUGCCUCCAACGCCGACCCGUACCGCAUCACCAGGGUCCUGAUGACCUCCAUCUUUGGCAAGGUCUAAGUGGAUGAGGACGGUUCGGAUACCAACUGGGAGGGCUGUUCUCAACCCACCGGAAGAGGAAAAGGCGCACAGUUAUGAGAUGCUAAUGUGAAUAAGAGGAUAAUCGUGGAAUGCCAGAGCGCUUCCAUGGGGUUAAAUUACGGCGUAUGGGGUCCAUCUUGCUUUCUUUGGUUUUUUGACUUCAACAUACAUCAUGCUGUGGGAGAAGUUUCAUCAGUUUAUUAGUUAGAUGUGAAGACUGUGCACAACGGAGUGCGAGUUAGAUCUUGAUGAUGAUGGCCCUUCCGUCAAGGGCCUCAGCAACCUGCUUUAAUAUUUCCCUGUCUGGCCCGUCUGUAUAUAUGCGGCGCCGAGUAACGAAGAGUCAUGGAGUAUAUUCUCUCAAAUGAUUUUUCCACAUUACAUUUUUCCUAUCGGCAAGUUUUUAAUCUC